GCCCAGCGGUGGCGCCCCCUGUUGUGCGGGUCGAGUCAACGCGAGAGCACAGCUGCGUUGCCAUGGCUACUGUAGCCGUUAUCAGCCCCGGCAGCCCGGAUGGAGGGUCACUUGAGCCCAGUGCAGGUAACGGAGCGGACAUGAGCAGGCCUUGUCUUCAGCGUGUCCUGAUCUCCAAAGUCCGCGGUGUGUUGAAGAUGUCCAAGAUCACCGCUCUGAAGCUGACCACUGACGGCAAGUUCAGGAGGUUCCUCAGGGAGCAGCGGCUCCGCCCGUUCUGUGACUUUAUUUUCGAGAGCGACUUCUUAGAGAUCACCGAAACCGGCCAGCUGUCCAGCAUUCUCGGGAGGCUGCAGGUGGUCACGGUGGGCAUCGCUUCCUCAGAGCCGGCGUUUCCUCUGCUGAACGCCAUGCUCAUCGCCAGGGCUGCCGUGGAAAAAGACGAGUAUGACGACGAGGAAGAGGAGGAGGAGGAGGAGGAGGAGGAUGAAUGGCGGCGCAAGAACAGAGACCGCCGGACGGCGCGCAUGGAGCUGCGGAGGCUCAUCCCGCUGGAGGCGGUCAGUCUGUCCGUCCUGAAGGAGGAGCAGCAGCAGCUGCGGGUGGAGCUCGUCACCGGGCGCGUGUACUACCUGCAGCUGCUGGCGCCCACCGGCCUCGAGAAGCUCGUCUUUGACCUGUGGAUCUCGUUCAUCAAGAAGCUGGAGAUGCCGAAGGUGGCCGACGAAACCCUGGGAGAGAUCGGCCGCCUGGCCGUCCGGUGCAGCGAGGACGAUCAGAAGACCCUGCACGCCUUCUGCGGGAACGUCAUCCUCGAGAACAACUUCGUGGAGGUCACCCGAAGCGGCCACUUCCACUCUCAGGCCGGCCUCUCGGUGGUCACCCUUCUGGUGGCUUCCACCAAUCCGUUCCUGCGCAUGCCCGAUAAGCUGCUCGUGGGCAGACCCGUGCCCAGGGUCUUGGGGGCGAAAGAGGACGGGCAUCUGCAUCGUGGACUGCGGCACCUGCAGUCCAAGUGCUCCACCGGUAAGGGGGGCUGGCACCACUUCACCGAGAUCACCCGCUGCCUGUCCCUCCGAGACGUCAAGCUGACGGUCCACAGCGAGGCGCUCCGACUCCUCCGCCUGGAGCUCCGCGCCGGCCCCGUCUACUACUUGCGGCUUCUGGUGGCCCCGGGCGCGGCCAAGGACGCGUUCGACCUGUGGGUGAAGCUGGCCGUCAAACUCCGGGAGAUGAGCCCCGAGGAGGAGAAGGCGAGACCCUGCGGGCAGAGCCUGGCCGAGAGGCUGCUGAGUUUGGACCUGGAGGACCCCCUGCACUCGCUCUGCGACAACGCCCUCCUAGAGAGCGACUUCGCCGAGGUCUGCGAGGACGGCAACGCGCUGACCACCCGAGCUGGGGUUCCGCAACUCACCGUCCUCGUCACCUCUAGCAACCCCUUCGUGCGGGUGCCCGACCUCAUCCUCGUGGGCAUCCCUUACGAUAGGCACCUGACCACUCUGACCAUGAAGAAGAAGAAGAUCGGCCACGCGACGUGCCCGGGUAGGAAGAGGUGCAAGCACUGGAACAUGGAGCUGACCAGGCGACUGCCCCUGAGCGAGGUCAGGCUGGCCGUGCACAGCGAGGAGCGCCAGCAGCUCAAAGUGGAGCUCCGCACCGGGCACACGCACCACCUGCGGCUGCUGGCGGCGGCCGGGAACGAGAAGGCUGUGUUCGAGCAGUGGGUCAGGCUGGUGUCCCGGCUCGGGGAAGGUGGGACGGCGCAGGAGCCCGAAGAUGACGAGUCGGUCUGCACCGAGGAGCCGGAGGAUAAACCCGUGUCUGAGGUGGAGCCUGAAGUGGACGUGGUGGAGGUGGAGGUGGAGGUGGAGCUGGAGAUGGAGCCGGGGGUGCGGGACGAGUGGGCGGAAGAGCAGGAGGAGCUGCCACCUCGGGGUCCGCGGGUGGUCCGAGCCCACGAGGACGUGGACAGACACCUGGACAAGAAGAAAGGCCUGCACAUCAAACUGGACGGCCUGCUGGAGCGGGUGGACUUGGCGUGUGACCUCGCACUGAAUGCCCUCGGUUAG